AUGAUUAUGAUUUCUAGCCCGCCUACUAUUCCCCGCAGGGUUGUUCAACUGCUUGUUCUCGUUGUCGUCGUUGUUCUCUUCUUUCAGACAAGAUGGCUGCACUGGCCUCGAGCAAACGCCAACAAUGAAAUCGCCAUCAAAGGACCAGUUCCGGAAGAACAGUACCUCGAGCGACUGAGGCAGAAAAUUGGGCUUUCGGAUCAAACUUCAUGGACUGCAUGGAAAGUCCGUGUUUCAGAGCAGGACUCUGAGUAUACUUCAGUGACGAACAUCGAUACAGACUUUCAUUCAAAUCAACCACGAAUUAUCGACACCAAGACUCCCGAGAGGAGGAACCUGGUUGCACGACAGGAAAUGAACCUUCCCAUUGUUGGAGGACCGAAGCCAGGACAGAUCGACGCUUCGGACUUUGUGUUUGCGAUCUCGACGAGUUUUGAUCGCGUUGUGAGGGAUGAUUACGCUGUUGCGAAGGAUUGGGCAAGAUGGAUGACUGGUGGGAAUCAGCAUGGGAACGGAGCGAGUUUUCUGCUUGUUCUGGAUCAGGGACAUUAUCAACAAGCGAAGAAGCUGACCGAGGUGUUGGUUGCUCUCGGCAUUGAUGCUCACGUUACGAUAUCUGAGGGUCAGAUCUCGACGGCCAAGAGAUACUUCAACAUGAUGGAGUCGGUCAAGAAGUACAGCGCUACACUCGCACAGAAAGGACAGAUGAAGAAGUGGUACGGCAUUUUGGACGAGGAGAUCUUUCUACCCAACCUUUCAUAUCUCCAAGAACGACUAUUCGCGUACAACUCUGAGAAGGAAUUGUACAUUGGACUACCUAGCGAGAGAGGAGACUGGGCUAUCGGCGAGGGAUUCAUGACGACGUAUGGAGGUGGAGCCAUCUUUCUUACACGGCCUGCUAUAUCCAAAGUCACGCAUCUUCCAUGCUUUGAUGGCGUCGAAGACAGCCCUACAAGCAAGAAACGCUGGGACGGUAUUCUUCAGGACUGUUUGGCGAAGCAUACCAAGAUGAAGAUGCACAUUAUCCCAAGCUUCUAUUCACCUAAGGAUAACGACGAUUACUCUUCCCAUCUGGAUAGCUAUGAGACGGGCAUUCAACCCCUGGCGUUACACGACUAUGAAGGACGUCAUCACCUGACCCCAAGCCAAGCUCAUCUCGUCACCGACGUCUGCGGCGAAGCAUGCUUCCUCCAACGCUACCGCUUCCGCGACAACUGGGUCCUCGUGAACGGGUACACUAUAACCGAAUACCCCGAUGGAAUCCACCUCUCGGACAUGCCCCUUUCCACCGCUGGAAAGGCCAGUUCUUCUCGUCGUUCCGUCAUUGGCCCCGUGAAGCUCAAAGAAAGAGACACAGACCGAAAGAUGCUGUUCUGGACAGGACGGCGAAAUGUGUGGAAGCUGAUGGACUCUGUCACUACCACUGAGGGUGAUGUGUGGCAGGCUUACGUGAAAAGAGGUGUUAUCGAUGAGCCGGCCUUGAAGAAGAGAUGGGGUGAGGAAGUGGGUGACAUCAAGGAUAGUGUGAUUGUGCUGAUCUGGGAAUCAGCGAAAUGA